UCCUGCAGGCUAAUUGUAGCAGCCAGCGUUCGCAGGUGUAGCACUGAUCUGCCUGUGUAUGGAACCGGGUUCUAGUUGUGUCGAGCUGUUCUGAGACUUGAGAGUAAAAAAACUGGGAGAAUGUUGCACCAAGUAAAAUGAGCGCACAUUUGUCGCAGACACACAAACCCACAUAUGACUCCGUCGAAUUCAAAUUUGAUGAGCAACACUGAAGCGUCCUUGGAAUCUUAAAAAGUGGAUCCCACGACUUUUACAAUCAUGCGAAAUACUUGGUUGUCACCCCGGAGUUCGAUUUUGGAAUACUGGACAUCGGUCAUUGUUUGUCUCUUUUGGAUUCAGUAUUCUUGCGGGAUGCCUCAUGUCAUUCGAAUAGGGGGGAUCUUCGAACAAACAGAGGGCCCUGUGCCGCUGGUCAGCCCAGAGGAGCUUGCCUUUAAAUUUGCUGUCAACAACAUCAACAGAAACAGGACUUUAUUGCCCAACACAACGUUAACAUACGACAUACAAAGGAUAAAUAUCUUUGACAGUUUUGAAGCGUCGAGAAAAGCCUGUGACCAACUGUCUUUAGGUGUAGUGGCAAUAUUUGGGCCAUCUCAUAGCUCGUCUUCAAAUGCCGUCCAGUCUAUCUGCAAUGCAUUGGAAGUGCCACACAUCCAGGUCCGAUGGAAACACCACCCGAUGGACAACAGGGACACAUUUUACGCCAACCUCUACCCGGAUUACUCCUCUCUCAGCUAUGCCAUCUUGGAUUUGGUGCAGUUCCUCAAGUGGAAAACGGCAACAGUUGUAUACGACGACAGCACAGGUCUUAUUAGACUACAGGAACUGAUAAUGGCCCCCUCCAGGUAUAACAUCAGGUUAAAGAUUCGUCAGCUCCCCCUCGAUGGGGAGGACACCCGGCCUCUCCUCAAGGAGAUGAAGAGAGGACGGGAGUUUCGCAUCAUCUUCGACUGUAGCCACGAAAUGGCUGCACAGAUCCUCAAACAGGCCCAGACGAUGGGAAUGAUGACAGAGUACUACCACUACAUCUUCACCACUCUGGACCUCAUGGCCAUUGACCUGGAGCCCUAUCGUUUCUGUGGCGUCAACAUGACAGGCUUUCGCAUCCUUAACGUGGACAAUCCUCAGGUGGCAUCCAUCGUGGAGAAGUGGUCCCAAGAGAGACAGAUACCGCCCAAGCCAGAUUCUGGCCUUCUGGAGGGGAUUAUGACGACAGACGCUGCUCUGACGUAUGACGCGGUCCACAUCGUGUCCGUGUCUUACCAGCAUGCCCCACAGAUGACGGUCAACUCGCUGCAAUGCCACCGCCACAAACCCUGGAGGUUCGGAGGCCGCUUUAUGAGUUUCAUAAAAGAGUCCCAUUGGGAAGGUCUGACAGGCAGGCUGUCUUUCAACAGGACCAGCGGCCUCCGCACAGACUUUGACUUGGACAUCAUCAACCUAAAGGAAGAGGGCCUGGAGAAGGUGGGGAAAUGGAGUGCGUCCGGAGGUCUCAACAUCACAGAGGUCCCGAAGCGGAAAGGGAUGAACAUCACCGACUCACUGGCCAACCGUUCACUGGUCGUCACCACUAUCGUGGAGGAGCCAUACGUCAUGUUUAAGAAGUCUGACAAGGCACUGGUUGGCAACGACCGAUUCGAGGGCUUCUGUAUCGACUUGCUAAAGGAGCUCUCAAACAUCCUGGGCUUCUCCUAUGACAUCCGCCUGGUGCCUGAUGGGAAGUACGGCUUGCCGGAUGACAAGGGCCAAUGGAACGGCAUGAUUAAGGAGCUUAUGGAACACAGAGCUGACCUGGCGGUGGCGCCUCUGACCAUCACCUAUCUCCGUGAGAAAGUCAUAGAUUUCUCCAAGCCCUUCAUGAGCAUGGGCAUAAGCAUCCUGUACCGCAAACCCAACACCACCAACAACGGCUUCUUCUCCUUCCUAAACCCCAUGACCCCUGACAUCUGGGUCUACAUCCUGCUGGCCUACCUGGGCGUCAGCUGCGUCCUCUUCGUCAUUGCAAGGUUCAGUCCAUAUGAAUGGUACGAUGCCCAUCCAUGCAAUCCUGGCUCUGACGUGGUGGAGAACAACUUCACGCUCCUCAACAGCUUCUGGUUCGGUGUGGGCUCCCUCAUGCAGCAAGGCUCCGAGCUAAUGCCCAAAGCCCUCUCCACCAGGAUAAUCGGAGGUAUCUGGUGGUUCUUCACCCUCAUCAUAAUCUCCUCAUAUACUGCUAACCUGGCUGCCUUCCUCACCGUGGAGCGCAUGGAGUCUCCCGUGGACUCUGCCGACGACAUUGCCAAGCAGACCAAGAUCGAGUAUGGCGUGGUCAAAGACGGAGCCACCAUGUCUUUCUUUAAGAAAUCCAAGGUUUCCACUUUUGAAAAGAUGUGGGCCUUUAUGAGUAGUAAACAGAGUACCUCGUUGGUCAAGUCGAUUGAGGACGGUAUCCAGAGGGUUCUGAAGUCUGACUACGCUUUGCUCAUGGAGUCCACAACAAUUGAUUACAUCACUCGGCGGAACUGUAACCUCACCCAGGUUGGAGGCAUCAUUGACAGCAAAGGCUAUGGAAUUGGGACUCCCAUGGGCUCUCCAUACCGGGACAAAGUGACCAUUGCCAUCCUGAGCAUCCUGGAGGAUGGCCGUCUGCACAUGCUCAAGGAGAAGUGGUGGAAUGGAAACAGUUGUCUGGACGAAGAGCGCCGUGAAAGUGCUGGCCCCAUGGGCAUUCAGAACCUGGGAGGGAUCUUUAUAGUAUUGGCAUCAGGCCUUGUUCUCUCUGUCUUUGUGGCUAUUGCCGAAUUCAUAUACAAGCUAAGGAAGACAGCAAAACGUGAGCAGGUCUUUCUGCAGUGCCGUGGUGGACGAGAUCAGACUGUCAUUCACCUGCGAGAGACGUGUGAAACACAAAGCCCACCACCAGGCCCCGGUCAUGGUGAAGACCGAUGCGGUGAUCAACAUGCACACCUUCAACGACCGGCGACUCCCGGGCAAGGACAACAUGAGCUGCAACACUGGGAUGACCCCCGUGUUCCCGUGACGGUGUGCGCCUCCCAGGGAAAGAGCCUCCUGAGCCAUGUCACGGGGGCUAUGGUGCCCGAAACCCGGGACAAUGGAAUCGAAGGGAUCACCAGAUUCACCAUAAACCACAGCGACAUAGGGACACUGAAGAAACAUGGGACACUAACUAGACCUGGUACUAUCAAAAUGGCGGCAUCAGCGACCCAGUGCCGUGGUGGACGAGAUCAGACUGUCAUUCACCUGCGAGAGACGUGUGAAACACAAAGCCCACCACCAGGCCCCGGUCAUGGUGAAGACCGAUGCGGUGAUCAACAUGCACACCUUCAACGACCGGCGACUCCCGGGCAAGGACAACAUGAGCUGCAACACUGGGAUGACCCCCGUGUUCCCGUGACGGUGUGCGCCUCCCAGGGAAAGAGCCUCCUGAGCCAUGUCACGGGGGCUAUGGUGCCCGAAACCCGGGACAAUGGAAUCGAAGGGAUCACCAGAUUCACCAUAAACCACAGCGACAUAGGGACACUGAAGAAACAUGGGACACUAACUAGACCUGGUACUAUCAAAAUGGCGGCAUCAGCGACCCAGGUAUGACAACGUUCAACUACGUAUUCCAAAAGAGACUGAAAAAGUGAGGGUGGAGGGUGGAAAAUGAUUCCCUGGGAAAGGAGACGCCUCCAAAUAAUCUGUAUUCAAGUCCGAUGUUUACGUAUGUAACACAAAAAUCAAGGAAUAACAAGAUAUCCAAGAAAUGCUCAAUUGACAACAAAGAUUCAACCUUUAUUGGAAAUAUGGCAUCAAAAGAAAGAAGGAAUUGUUGAGCAUGGCAAUAAAAGAACAACUGACAGAGGGGGGUAUGGGGUUUUCGUGGGCGAUUAGAUAUUUCACACAUAGCACAUCAAGAUCAUUCAAUGUCAAAGUUCUGACCAAUUAUUUUUUAUCUUGUUAAGUCACCAGGUCCUUUGCCAGCAGAAAAUUAUUUUACCUCAAGUCUUGUCCAGACAUAACAUUGGGUUCUUGAUUUGUUAUCUUUGAAUGAGUGGGAAACGUUUUUAAACACAUGGCUUGGACCAUCAGACUUUAUAUUUCAAGAUUAGUUUCCCUGGCUCCCUGUUGUGGUUCCCACUACAGUGGAAAGCUGUGACCUUUGGCCUUUGUAGGCGGACACCAUACUAAUUCUAAUGUAAGUUCUCUCAGCAGUGAUGCACACAAAUAACAAAAUCCCCCCUCUUUAAACUUUACAUAUUUGGGUUGUCCAUAUUUGUGAGGGAACUUUCAAGUUUUGAAAGUACAAUCUGAACAAAUAGUACAAACAAGUACCACCACCUAUCACUGUCUUUCCUGUUUUCUCUUUAGUUGGCCCCAAUACCUUUUUGUACUUUUGUUCUCAGCCAGUUUUAUUUUAAAUAUAACUUUAAUAACCUGUACUCCACUCCCACUUCCCCAUCCUUUAUAUUCAUGUAUUGGAUAGGAAUGGAUUAUAUUAUAUUACAAUGAAUUAUGAUCACCAAUAGCAGGAAAAUAUAUGUAAACAGAUUUUUAUUUCAUGCACCUAAUAUAUUGAUAUGAGGUGUAUGUGAUGUUGUAUUAAUGAAUUCCCCAAAACUGUAGAGGAAACUUCCUUAGAAUAGAUUUCGUAUGAUCUAGAUGACUGUUUUCUUCUCCUGAAAGUCCAUAUUGUAUUUGGGCAAUGACUGGUUGCUACAGUGCAAGUUAGGCUGGCUUAGAAUUCCCCAUGUCCUGCAUAAUUAAGCAGGUCACUAAUACAUUUUUGUCAUUCCAUAAACUCUCCCAAAUCAAUGUGUUAAAAAUGGAAUGUCAGUGAUCCAUUAAUAAUACAACUUUCAGUUAUCCAAUUCAAUGAGUCCCUGUAAUAAAGCAUACUGUCUUUUUUAUAACAACAUGUGAAUAGUUAUUUUACAAAAUUGUAUGAAAUCUAAGAGGAAAAGUAUGAAAAAAGGAAAUUACACAUACUGUACAAUAAACAGUGUGUGAUAUGAGAUACACUUUAUCAAGCUAUCGAACAGCCACUGCGCUAUAGGUCUUCAUUUAUGUUUUGCUUUCUAUCGAGUUGAGCUUAUUUGUCUUCUUUAUUUGACAGAAAACCGCUCAGACAAAAGUGAUUAAUAUGAUGGUGCCAACCAGGGUUUUCUUUGUGGACAUGCAGAAUUUCUAUAAAUAUCGUUUUUGUAAUGUUUUUUGUAACAAUUUCUUUUUCCUAGUAACUGUAUGUGUUAAGAGAAGACCAUUGUUAGAAUAAAUGACAUUCAAGUAAAACAUGGGGCAAUACAAAAUGUAGGGAACCUAUUGGAUUUUUUUCUUUUUAACACACUGUGAAUAAUUACAAUUGUACAGUUUGCUGUAUGGGUUAUAUGAUUUUAAAGUU